AUGAAUGUGACCGAGGAUGGCGAAAAGAUUCACAUGGCCCGUCAGGACUGGCCUCUCAAUUACAAGACCUUGGCACCAGAGACGUCGGCGGACAAUGAAGAGAAGCCGCACGAAUUGCAUUCCCUGGAGUUCAUACUCAAAGGGAAGGAGGUCCCACCAUGGCAGAGACAGCUCACAUUGAGAGCUCUAGUUGUGAGCUGUGCGAUGGGAGCUUUCUUGACCAUUUAUAUCCUAAAGAUGGACCUGAUGUUAAAUUUCAUCCCUCCCGUGAAUCUCUUCGCCGGGGGCUUCGGUUUUGUCUUCAUAUCGACAUGGACGAAGCUACUAAAUGCGACCGGCUUGCUGAGUCAGCCAUUCACGAGGCAAGAGAAUACCGUCAUUCAUACGUGCGUCGAUUCCAUCAUCAGCAUUGCUUUGAGUGGAGGCUUUUCAAGCUAUCUUUUGGCCAUGAGUGACACUGUCGCAAAGCAAAUUCCGGGACCGGUUGAUUCAUAUGAUAUCAAGAAUCCCAGCUUGGGGUGGAUGAUACUGUUUCUCUUUCUCACUAGUUCCGCCGGUCUAUUAUCUCUAUUGCCUCUUCGCAAGUUCAUGCUCAUUGACAAGAAGUUGGCAUACCCAACUGCAUAUGCAACAGGUAAUUUAAUAAAUAGCUUCCACGCUCCUCAGAGAGGCAAAUUGAAUGGCAGCUUCCAUUUCUCCUUCCAUUCAUCAUAUAUUGGUGUUGGAAUGAUGUGUCCCUUCGCGAUAACCUAUUCCCAAUUGCUUGGAGCAAUUCUCUCCUGGGGUAUACUGUGGCCUUACAUAGAUACCAAGAAGGGUGACUGGUAUCCUGCAGAUGCCACUGCCAGAAGGCUCGGCGGCCGGCUAGCUUAUCGGGUCUUCCUUAGCCUCGCCAUCAUAACUGGCGACGCAGUCUACAACAUGAUAAAGGUCAUCGUUAUCGGGUUGUUCGAGCAUAAGAAAAUUGGCAAUGCCGCUGGUUUGCCUCUUUCCGAGAAUCCCUUCGAUGAGAAAUCACCCGUCUCCUAUGAUGAAGAGGUCAGAACCAAGACCUUCCUCGAGGACCUAAUCCCAAACAGAGUGGCAGUCGGCAGCUACGUUACAAUCUCCGUCAUAUCCACCGCGGUUUUCCCAUUCCUCUUCCCUCCUCUCAAAUGGUACUACAUCUUGAUCAUAUACCUGAUCUCCCCAGUCCUGGGGUUCUGCCAGGCGUACUCCAACGGCUUAACGGACAUGUCCAUAACGUCGAACCUGGGGAAGCUGACCAUCUUCAUCUUCGCUUCGUGGGCCGGGAAGGCCCAGGGCAGUGUCCUAGUAGGGCUCGCGGCUUGUGGGGUCAUCAUGAAUUCGGUGGAAAUAGCUUCUGAUCUGAUGGAGAGCUUCAAAGUUGGGUACAUGACACUUUCUUCCCCCAAAUCCCUCUUGCUGAGCAAACUGAUCGGGAUUUUGAUGGGGUGUGUGAUCUCUCCGUCCAUCUUCUUGUACCUCAGGAGCCACAACCCCGGGUUCGGAACACCCCAUUCCCGGUUCCCAGCUGCUUGGUCCAGCAGUUUCAGGGAAGCCUCCAUGCAUGCAACGAGUGGGCUCUCGACACUGCCAAAGCACUGCCUCGAUCUCUGUCUGGCCUUCCUUGUCGCGGCCGUUCUCAUCAACCUACUCAGAGACACGACGCCGAAGAAGUGGAGGAACACGAUACCGAUCCCCGUGGCCUUCGCCAUACCAUUCUACGUCGGAGCUUACAUCACCAUCGACAUGUGUGUCGGGUACUUGAUCUUCUACAUGUGGAGGAGGAAGAACAAGGCGCAAGCAGAGACGUUCGCACCUUUUGUUGGGUCUGCUCUCAUAUUUGGAGAUGGAUUGUGGUGGUUCCCCACCUCUGUGCUCAACAUGAAGAAGAUAACUGCACCAAUGUGCAUGAGAUUUUGGCCCCAGCAGAUGGCUUCUCAAGUUGAGAAUUGCCUCAACGGUGGCUCUUGA